CAGAUUGUGGACUCGUGGCAGAGGCCGGAGGUGUACGUGGAGCGCAGAAGAAGACGGGAGAACCGCCUGGCUGCGACGAGAGGGGCGUCACACCACCAGGGGAGUGUGCCCCUCCCAGGGUACAUGGACACAUAUCGCAAGACCCACGGCAACGUGCCCAUCAGCGAGUAUGUUGGGUACGCCCUGGCUAACAAGGGGCGAGCGUCGGAUCCGAACAACGUCUACAACCCACAGGACGGGCCCGAUGCAUACACCAACACUGCCGCCUACGAGAAGAUGUCCGCGUACGCCACUGCAGCUCGCACGCGCCAUGGGGAUGACUUCGACCUUACCACCGAGCCACUGGACACGGACUUGCUCAUGAGGACGGGAGGAGGGAAGCAGCACGGCCGGUACAUGAUUGCCCACAGCGCAAUCAACCCGGCCACCGUACCCACGCUCUGCGAGGUUCGGCAGGGGAGCAGCUCGACCUCCGACGUCCCCAUACGGCCUCGUCAGCCGAGCUCCGUGCAGCAGAUAGCUGCGAUGCAGUCGCAGCUAGAGGAGUUGCGGGCCAGGCAGGACGAGCUGCAGGAGGCUCAUCGGCGAGAGCUGGCGGCUGAGCUGGCGGCCAGAGACGAGGCCCAUCGGCGCCACAUGGAGGCACAGCAGCAGCACACGCAGCGUCAGAUCUCGAACCUAGUCGGAUACUUCUAGUCCAUCCAGAGCUCUACAGCGCCUCCGCUGCCUGCCUCGCUCUUCGCUCCACCCCCUGUUCCACCCUCUGUUCCUACCCCUGCAGGCAGUCCGCAUCAGUCGUGGGGUUCGAACCCGACCCCUUCUCCAGGCAGUGGGUGGCAGGUUACUACUUAUGGCCACCCAAGUACGCAGCACACGUGGCCUGGUGCCCAUCCGCAGCACGGCCACCCCGGGUUCUCCGGCAGCCCUCCUCCGCGCCCCGGGUACUCGUACCCGUACCCGUCGGUGCCAGGGCAGGCCAUGUGGGUGCCGUGGGCAGGUGCGAGCUCUCCACACCCUGGGGUCACUCACCCUGGUCGGCUUGGCCAGAUGGGGGCUCGGGACACGACGGAGGCCACAGCGACGACUGGUCAGAGUCACAGCACUAGAGAUGAGGCGCUAGCGACUUCGAGGAGUGAUAUUCUUGUGGACUUGUGGUCUAUGUUAUGAACUUGUGGUUUAUGUUAUGAACUUAUGGUUUAUGUUGGACGUAAUGUUAGAUUUUUCAUAUCUAUGUGGAUUUGUGUAGAUUUGUCAUAUCUAUGUGGAUUUGUGAUAUCUGUGGACUUUGAUAUGUUUUAUGUGUGAUAUAUAUGUGGAUUGUGAUAUAGACAAAGGGAUUUGUGAUA